GAGAGAGAGAGAGAGAGAGAGAGAGAGAUGGAAGGAGCAAAGUCUGAUGUGGUUCUAAUAAUUGAUCAAGGAAACUCUAAAACUCCAUCAAUGGAAACUGAGCUCAAAGACCACAUCACUAAAGAAGAAAAAUCCCAAAACACAACCAAAAACCUUCGUCGUCUCAGCUUCUCGAAACCCAAAGCUCGAUUCAUCGAGUACAACUAUUCUUAUACUGCCCAGAAAACAACCGCUGCAUCCAACAAUAUGGAACCCUUGAUCGAGAAAGGCUACUAUUCUUCGACGAUGGACGAUGGCGAUGAAGAUAGUGAUGAUGAUGACGACGAAGAUGAAGAUGAGUGGAAUGAAGAUGAUGGAGAAGUGAGGCCUGAUCAAAAGCGUAGAAAGAAAAAGAGAAAGGUCCCUUGGAGACUUGUGGUUGAGUGGGUAAUGUUUUUUAUGAUAUUAACUUGCUUGCUCUGCUCUCUUACGAUAGAAUCUGUCAAAAAUAUGCGUAAAUGGGGUCUUGAAAUCUGGAAAUGGUGCUUAAUGGUUAUGGUAACCUUUUGUGGUCGUUUAGUUUCUGGUUGGGUGAUGGGUUUUGCAGUGUUCUUGAUCGAAAGAAACUUCAUGCUCAGAGAGAAGGUAUUGUACUUCGUUUAUGGACUAAGGAAGAGCAUUCAAAAUUGUGUUUGGUUAGGUCUUGUUCUUCUUGCAUGGACUUGCAUGUUCAAUGAAGAAAUUCACAAGAAAAACAAGAUCCUGAGAAAGGUCUUCCAAGCACUUGGAGCAGUAUUGCUAGAUGCAACAAUCUGGCUUGUGAAGAUCGUGUUAGUGAAAAUGCUAGCUUCAUCUUUCCACGUUACCACAUAUUUCGAUCGAAUGAAAGAAAUCGUUUUCCACCAUUACAUUCUUGAUACACUUUCUGGUCCUCCAAUGGAUGAACUGGCUCAGGAAACGAAUCAAACACAUAAUUUUUCUGCAUCGAAAUCACUGCCUGCAAGUUGGAAGAAGAAAGGGAAGUGGAAGGAGGCAAGAAAUGAGCUGAAAUCGAAGAAGUUCAGCUCAUCAAGAAAAAUUGAUGUGGAGAAGCUGAGGCAGUUGAGCAUGGAGGAGACGGCUUCUGCAUGGAGUAUGAAAAGAUUGGUGAACUACGUGAGGUUGUCAGGGUUGUCGACGAUUUCCAAAACUGUUGAUGAUUUUGGCAAAGCGGAAUCGGAGAUUACUAGCGAGUGGGAGGCUAGGAACACUGCCAAACGGAUCUUCAAAAACGUAGCAAAACCAGGGGCCAAGUAUAUUGAAGAGGAAGAUCUUAUGAGGUUUUUAAAGAGGAUUGAAAUUCACACAAUAUUUCCACUCUUUGAAGGAGCCCUUGAGACUGGAAGAAUUUCAAAGUCAGCAUUCAGGAAUUGGGUGGUAAGAGCAUAUUUUGAGAGAAAAUCACUAGCACAUUCACUGAAUGAUACAAAAACAGCAGUGCAACAACUUCACAAGCUAGCAAGUUCAAUUGUGGCAGUGAUUAUAAUAGUGGUUACUCUACUGGUGAUGGGUUUAGCAACAAUGAAGAUUGUUUUAUUCGUGGCUACUCAACUCGUCAUUUUGGGUGUCGUCUUUCAAAAUAUGUGCAAGACUGUCUUUGAAUCUAUCAUUUUUGUCUUCAUUAUGCACCCUUUUGAUAUUGGAGAUCGAUGCGUUAUUGAUGGUGUUCAGAUGAUUGUAGAAGAGAUGAAUAUCUUAACAACGGUGUUUCUUCGUUACGAUAUGGAGAAAAUCUAUUACCCAAAUGCAGUUUUGCUCACAAAACCCAUCAGCAACUUCUACAGAAGUCCAGAGAUGGGUGAUGCCAUUGAUUUUGCUAUUGAUCUUUCCACAUCAAUGGAGACUAUUGUUGCUCUUAAAAAGGCCAUACAAUUGUACAUUGAGAGCAAGCCAAGCUAUUGGAACCCAAAACAUUCAGUGGUAGUGAAAGAAAUAGAGAAUGCACACUCUCUGAAAAUGGCUUUGUAUGUGCAGCACACCAUCAACCAUCAAAACUAUGGUGAACGUUCUGCUCGCAUAUCAGAGCUAAUUCUGGAGUUGAAGAAAAUAUUUGAAAAUCUGGGUAUCAACUAUCGUCUCCUUCCUCAGGAGAUUCAUCUCACUAAGCUCAACAUUGAAGGAUUGAGGACAUUACUACCUUCUUAAAUCAUCAUCUGGUAAUUUUCUUGUAUUUCAAAUUACAUACUCUUUAAGGUCUGUUUGGCAUCAUUAAUCCUAAAUGUUUGGAUUUUUUACAAUACAAGACCUUUUGUUAAACACUUUUAUUCUCUAAUCCAAUGAAGUUGUAAUAGAAGCUACUUGAA